UUGAAUUGAAGUUUACGUGUUUACGGCGUGUUCAGCGCGUAUCUUACCACGGUGAGGCACGAGUGUGUGUACCUACCACUCGUUGUCCCCGAUCCUUCAUUGCUCUACCAGUUCCAUCCUACUUCACUAUGCUAUCCCCCCCCCCUUCUAGUCCCCUCUCAUCAGGCGCGCAAAUAGAUGUCGAUCAGGCCGAACAGACGCACUUCGCAGCGCAGGUUAUGCCUAGAGGGGGCGCGAACAUCACAUCUGAGAACAGAGAGGGCGUAUGAUGUUUUACGGAUGAACACGCCACUCCUACAUCGUGCGGGCCUCUGGACGCCGUGGACGAGUGCCACGAUGUGCUUAACUCUCACCCGACCGCCUCGAUCCCUCGGCGUGUGGCUGUAUCUGUCUAUUGACAUCACUACAACCUCCAACAGCGCCCGCAGCGAUGUGCGGCGACACGACGAGCCACCGGGCGGCCUGGCUAAUGCGAGAAUCGGGGAAGUAAGUGAGACAGCAUUGCGGGUGGACCGGUGGACUGAUGCUACUCGUAUGGAGGACUUCGAGGAGGAAGCCGCACUGUCUGCCUACCGCCUAGGAAAAAGACAGCGACAGCGAAUAAUGUCUCAGGGGGACGGCGUCUCGAGACAUUCCGCUAUGAAGAGAAUAAUUGGAUCUGCAUGUGAAUCGAAAGACGAGGUUUUAUUUAGAUCUCAGCCACGGCUGUCUGGCGGUCAGUUUGUCUCGCCGGCGCAUUCUCGCUCCCGGAGUCUGAAGACGGACCAUGAUCAGAUACGACAUCGAAUAGUGGCCGACUCUUCUCAACAUUUGUGCGCGCAGUACAAGCUAGUGGUAGGCUUCGCCGAGAGGUCCGGGAUCGACCUGUUCGACUUUCUAAAUUCUGGAGGAGGGGGAGGGGGGAGAGGGGGGGAGGACAGCAGCCGUCUCGUGCUGGAGGUGCGGGACUCCGUUCUGGUAGAUAUCAUGCGAUGCCACCUCCAACGCUCCCCUUUUCCUUUCCCGCCGCUUGCGUGUGAAAAGGGGCCAAACCUUCUCACCGCAGAUCCCGCACCAGAAAGCUUGGAACCGGCCCCCUCCACCAUCGUAUAGAUACGACGACCGUGUAGGCAAACACGGGAGGGUGGGUAGGACGAAUCUUGCCCGAUGUAGCUGGGGGCCUCGGCGGUGGCCUUCAUAGGUAAGACGUGCAUAAAUGAAUUGCCUCGCGAUCGGCGUCUCCAAAUCCUGCAGACUGUCUAAUUAUCUCUUCCGUGUUUUGCCGUUCCUACCGCCGCUCCCGAGACAUCGUGCGAGAAGCCGACGUUGCCUGUCCGACCCGGUCCGACAUCCUCUCCGGACCGCCUUCUUCGGGGCGAAAACCCGGGCCGACUCUGCCAAGGUUUUUGCGUCGGGCCGAGAGUUCGGAGACGCCCGGGAGGGAUCGCCGAGUGACCGCGACGAGACUACGCGGGCGAUGUCGAUGGAGUGCGGUGCGAGGAGAGCGAGGACGGACGCCCCGAGCAGUCGGAGCGGCGCAU